AUGGAUGGCCGUCUCAGGCCCUCCUGGAUAUCCACGUGGCGCGCGUUCUUUCUGUUGUGCACGUGUACGUUUUUCAGCCGGAGCUACUUGAAGGUCUCAACGUCUGAUCCAUCCGGAUUUGCUGCAGCAGACCUAGGGCCGCUGAAUUCUAGUAGCAUUUUGUUUUCCUAUGCUGUUUGGGAUGGCGGCCGUGGGCAACCGCGGGCUGCCCGUGAGCCGCAGCGCCUUACUCCAUUGCCCAAAUUUUUCCUGAACAGCGACAGCGACAAGAGUCUGGAAUACAGCUUGCUGCAAGUAGGCGACAAGAGCCACAGUCUUUCCACAGGAGCGGAAGACACAGACUCCGACGCUGCCGACGAGGAGGGCGGGCUCUGGCAGAUAAGGAAGGAGCGAUCGCGCCGAGCCAAGAAACGCGUUCUGGGCAGCAAAAUACGUCGCGGACUCCGGCGGGCUUUCCGUAAACUGAAGAGGAAGGGAAGAAAAUUAAAAAAAUUCAUGUACUCCACUCCUGGACACAAGGCGCUUUCCGAUAUUGCCAAAAAGAUCAAGUUGAAGCGUCGCCUACAUGGUCUGGAGUCGCGAGUGCUGACUGGCAUCCGAAAGCUUACUAAGCUAAGGAAGAAAGGAAACGUGCUGCGCCUUAAGUUCAAGGAUGCGACGUCGCACCUCACUCGACGUUUCAAGAAUAUGGGUUUGAUUGCUGGGGAUGAGGACAAAGUCGAGUUUGCGUUUGAGGAACGGCCGCGAAAAGGCAAAGGUGGCAAAUACACUGCUCGUCUUUUGGUUCGAGCCGAGCCCCCGAACGUUGCCGCCCCUCAUAUCCGAGAUGCUCUGGUAGGUCUUGUCGUGCAUCUGCGAGACCUCGGACUGGAGAUGUCCCCCCAGCUCUUGAGAAAUUACGGACUAUAUGGACCAGUCGCCGCGGUGUCGCUGCAGGGAAAACCGGAUAUUAUGCACUCCCCUACUGGUCCGAUUUCAGUCUUAAACAGGAUAUUCUUGUUUCCCUGGACACAUGGAACUCUUGAGGACCUCCUGCCCUUGGUGGAGAAAGCAGAAACAUCUGUACUGGCUAAGGUGGCGCUUACCACACAGAUCGUCGCACUCAUGAGUAAGUUGCACACCCUGGGAGUGGUUCACCGUGACUUGGAGCCCGCAGCAUUUCGAAUCGGAGAAAGAGGCGUUGUUUUGUUAGGAGAUAUUCCCGCUCUUUCGAAAGCAGAGCAUCAGCAUACGGAGAAGAUGCGUUUCUUGGCCAGCACGACGCCCCCGGAGAACAUCCAUCGCCACAUCGAACGCAAAGAUCCUGUGGACACACCAAUAUCCGAUGCAUGGCGGACCGGAUGCGUGCUUUACCGGAUUUGGUGUGGCUCCCUCCCGACAAACAGAAUACCUGUGGACGGCGACCUCCACAAGGCUCUGAAGGACACAGAGAGCUAUCAUGUAGACUCCUCAAAAUGCCCUGGAACGCCUAAGCCAGUUCGAAGACUUCUACAAAAUCUACUUGACCCUGAUCCAGAAACUCGCAUUCCCAUAGAGCAGGCCCUCCGCGACUUCCCUUUCCUGUCAGAUCCAAGCCAGAUACCAACGUAG